AUUCAUGGCAUGUUGCUGGAAAGUCACUUGUUACAACUUGUUAAAUCGAAAUAAUAAGCCGAGGACUGUUUGAUGGGAUCAUCAUGGGUAUCAAUAAAGAAAGCGACAAUGCCGCCUACAUGGCGACCACAAGCACAGCACCGCGCGAAGAUAUCGAGCCGCAACUACCAAACGACCGAGCAGCAACCCCCGACGACAACGCUACAGGGCAAAGAAUAUCCGCCUUCAAGUCCCUAGGCUGGCUCGAUCGCUACCUGGCCGUGUGGUGCUUCCUCGCCAUGGUGCUCGGCGUGCUGCUCGGCAACUUUGUGCCCGAGACGGGGCCCGCGCUGCAGAGGGGCAAGUUCGUCGGGGUCUCGGUGGCCAUCGCCAUCGGCCUGCUGGUCAUGAUGUACCCGAUCCUCUGCAAGGUCCGCUACGAGUCGCUUCACAAGCUGUUUGCGCACCGCGGGGUAUGGAAGCAGAUUGGGUUCAGCGUCGUGGUGAACUGGAUCAUCGCCCCGCUGCUCAUGCUUGCCCUGGCUUGGGCUUUUCUUCCGGACAAGAGCGAGCUGCGCAGUGGGCUGAUAAUGGUUGGGCUUGGAAGGUGUAUUGCCAUGGUCUUGAUAUGGACAAACCUGGCUGGCGGCGAUGAAGAAUACUGCGCGAUCCUAGUAGCCGUCAACUCGGUCCUGCAAAUGGUGCUGUUUGCGCCCCUGGCCGUCCUGUUCAUUGGCGUUAUCAGCGGUGAGAACCAAGGCCUCGAGGCAAAGUACACCGUGGUGGCGACGAGCGUGGCCGUCUUCCUGGGCAUCCCGUUCGGCGCUGCCGUCAUCACCCGCUUCGCCAUACGCGCCACCCUGGGGCCCGAGUGGUUCGAAAAGGUGUUUCUGCGCUUCAUCUCGCCGUGGUCGCUGAUUGGCCUGCUCUACACAAUCGUAGUCCUGUUCGCCUCGCAGGGAAGGCAGGUCGUGCACCAGAUCGUUUCGGUUGUGCGCGUGGCCGCGCCGCUCACGGUGUACUUUUUCGUCAUAUUCUUCGCCACGCUGCUGGUUGCGCGACGGCUCCGGUUCGGGUAUGCCCUGGCGACCACGCAGAGUCUGACGGCUGCCAGCAACAACUUUGAGCUGGCAAUCGCGGUCGCGGUCGCCACAUAUGGGCCAGAGAGUGACGAGGCGCUGGCUGCUACCGUUGGUCCGCUGAUUGAGGUGCCCGUGCUGCUGGCGUUGGUGUAUGCUGUCAAGUAUUUGGGCAGACGCUGGACGUGGAAAUAACCGACAUUUCGGUAGUCUAGACAAGUCUUGACGGAUAUAGAAUAGAGUUGUAGAGGGUGCCCUUGAAUAGAAGACCACAUAUUCAACAGUGAAUAGACAAGCUCAGCCAG